GGGUUGCGGCUUCAAAAAGGAGGAGUUUUCAACUGGUUUAGGGUUUCAAGAUUUUUUAGGGGAAGAGAAAGAAGCUGAAAAUGACCAUCUGGGUCAUGAUUUUGGUAGAGAUAGCGAUUUUAGGAUAAGGGAAAGAGACUCCGUUGUUGAAACGGAUGAUUUUACUAGUAGUAAGAGAUUGAGGUACACAACUGAAGAGAAGGGGAAGGCUAAAGUUGACUGUGGUGGUAGUCAAGUGAAUCUUGAUUUUGAUCUUAAUCUUGAUUUGUGGGGGUUUGAGAAAGACCCAGUUGAAGGGAAAAUGGAUACAUGGCCAUUUGAAGCAGGGUUAUUGAGUUCAGGACCUGUGAUGCACAAUUUCUUUCCUGAUAGUGUAGAGAGAAAUACCCAGGUGGAGAAUUAUGAUGUUCCAAGAAAGGACAUCGUUUUUGAACAAAGAAAGGAGAUAGCUUUGUCAAGUGUAAGGAAGAGACAAUCAAGAAGAAAGGAACAGAAGUUGAUGCAGCGUGAAAUUGCUAGGAAUGUUGCUCCACGAUUUGCACAUUUAGGUCCUCAAGAGCAGAUGAAGCAGCAUAAAGAAAAGAAAGUUAAAUUGAGAGAAGUUGAUUUGGAAAUGGAACUGGACUUGGAUGAUUCUCAAAGUUCAUUUUCAUUGGCACUGGAAGCAAUCAAAAUGCGGCAAACUGUUCGAAAAGGGUCAUUAACUGGUUUCUCUGAGUCGCUCUUCAAAUGGGUUCCUGCAAAAGCUAAAGAUUUCGAUGCUCUGAAACGCGAUGUUCCUACACUUCUGGACCUCAGUUUGAAUGCUCUUGCAAAAAACGCUGAUGCUAUUGUGUCACUUGAACAUGUUCCAGAUAAAUUACGGCAUAGACUUAGUCAGUUGGUUAGUGAUUGUGGAGUAGUGGAUGCUCACUUUGUUGAACUUCUUGCAAGGGGAUCUCCAACCGAAAUUCGUCUGAGGAAUAUUUCGCGGUUGACAGAAGAGGAGUUUUCCAAAAUAUUUAGUGUUUGUGACACCAAGGACUUGACUGUGCUACAACUUGACCUUUGUGGACGAUGCAUGCCUGAUUAUAUAUUAAAUGGCACCUUAGCCAGGUCAUCACAUAGACUUCCUUCCUUAGCUACCAUAUCUUUGAAGGGUGCACAUCGUUUGUCAGAUAUUGGACUAACUCAGUUGGCUGUGUCUGCACCUGCAUUACAGUCUAUAAAUCUGAGCCAGUGCUCCCUUCUCACAUCUCAAGGCAUCAGUGAUUUCGUUAGCUGUUUUGAAUCUACUUUGAGGGAGCUGUAUAUAGAUGAUUGUCAGAAUAUAGAUGCGACAAUUAUUUUACCUGCACUGAAGAAACUCAAGUGCCUAGAAGUGUUGUCAGUAGCAGGCAUCGAGACUGUUUGUGACAAUUUUGUCAUUGGACUGGUCAAAGCACGUGGCAUAAACAUGAAAGAGCUUGGUUUCGCUAAUUGCGUGCAACUGACUGAUAUAUCACUUCGAAUUGUAGGCAAAAAUUGUCCCAACUUAUGUGCUCUGGAUCUUUCUUACUUGCAUAACUUGACAGACUCUGCAUUAAAACACCUAGCCAAUGGUUGCCAAUCAAUUAGGAGACUCAAACUUCACCGAAAUGAUUUCAGUGAUGAAGCUAUUGCUGCCUUCUUGGAAGUCUCUGGACAGUCUCUGGAUGCGCUUUCAGUUAACAAUAUCCAUAGGGUUGCUCACAACACUGCCUUAUCAAUUGCCAAAUGUUCAAGAAAUUUGGUGAGUUUGGACUUAUCAUGGUGCCGCAGAUUAACAGAUGAGGCACUAGGAAUGAUUGUUGAUAGCUGCUUAUCACUGAAGCUGCUCAAGCUAUUUGGAUGCACGCAGAUUACAGAAGCAUUUCUAAAUGGCCACUCAAACCCCAUGGUGCGAAUCAUUGGAUGUAAAACUGGACCAGUGUUGGAGCAUCUUGAUGCGCUUGAACCUCAAGAAAAUCCUUUGCGAUAUUCUCCACUGACAAGCUUUUGCUGAUCAACAACAUAUUAUAUACCACCUGGAUGCUUGACUUUUCUACUUGCAUCCCUGCUGUACAUCAAAAACCACCCUGUUUCUUCUUCAGUAACCAGCUUUUUCUUGGCCCAUGGAACACUGAAAACCAAAGCAUUUAUCACACCUUGAUUGUCAACUAAAAAAUUCCCCGAGUGUAUUUAACACCGGACCUCACUUGGGCUUCCCCUUAUUUAUGUCUUUUUAUUUGUUGAUACUGAUGCAAGAUGGCAUGAUGCAUCAGAAAAUUGUAUAGACAGAAGGAAAAUUGAAUAGUUGAUAUAAUAUGAUUAAAAAGAAGAAUAUACUGCUUGAAUGAGUAAAA